CGCAGCCCGACCAGGAGGGGGAGAGGUUCGGCAAAGUCCGGAAACGCUCGGCAAUGGCCGGAGGCGGCUUUUAAGGAGAGGAGCGGCUGCCGGCUUGCCCUGCCCUGCCCCGCCGUCGCUCGGCGCGAGGGGACUCGUUCGCCUGAGCGCUGCCGCCUGUCCUCCCGCCGCGCCGUGAGGGGAAGGGGCGCGAUGCUGGCCGACAGCCUGGUGGAGGAGUUCGAGAUCCGCGAGGAUGAGCCCUGGUACGACCAGCAGGACCUGCAGCAAGAUCUUCACCUUGCUGCUGAGCUUGGGAAAACACUACUGGACCGUAACACUGAACUAGAAGAAUCUUUACAGCAAAUGUAUGCAACAAAUCAAGAGCAACUGCAGGAGAUAGAGUACCUCACAAAGCAAGUGGAGCUCUUGCGUCAGAUGAAUGAUCAGCAUGCAAAAGUCUAUGAACAGCUGGAUGUGACAGCAAGAGAACUGGAAGACACUAAUCAAAAGCUAGUUGCAGAGAGUAGAGCUUCACAACAAAAGAUACUAAGCUUGACAGAGACUAUUGAAAAUCUGCAAACACACAUAGAUGACCUGCAACGACAAGUAGAAGAAUUGAAAAAGACUGGACGAGGCCGGAUGAACCAUGAGAGAUCUGACCAGCCAAGAUCAGUGCAUAGUUUCUCAUGUUUGAAGGAGCUGUAUGACCUUCGCCAGUAUUUUGUUUAUGAUCAUGUGUUUGCAGAAAAGAUUACUUCGAUGGAUAGUCAGCUAAGUCCUCUAGAAGAAGAAAAUGAGAACUUAAAAAAGGCAGUUACAGUUUUGCAAGCCCAACUUAACCUAGAAAAAGAGAAGAGGGUAACAAUGGAAGAGGAAUAUAGUCUUAUGGUAAAAGAGAACUGUGACCUUGAACAGAGGCUUGUCGAUAUAGACUUAUAUCGGGCUCGUGCAGAGGAGCUGGAAGUGGAAGUAGCUGAAAUGCGACAAAUACUUCAGUCUGAAAACACAUUCCAUAAUGCAGAGAAAUUGGUGCCAGAAUCCUUUUUCAUUUCAUUCAAGGAAUCUUUAGAAAGGGAGCUUGGUCAGAGCCCGGCAGAUGAUGGACUUCUGACUGUAUCGGAGCUUGAGAAGAAGGCACUGAAACGGAGCAGCAGUGAAACUUUCCUAAGCAGUGCUGCAGGGGGAGACAUUCUAAGGGGCCACGAAGAAACAUGUAUUAGGAGAGCUGAAGCUGUGAAGCAGCGAGGAAUCUCUGUUCUUAAUGAAGUUGAUGCUCAGUAUAAUGCUCUGAAAGUGAAGUAUGAGGAACUUUUGAAGAAGUGUCAAAUGGAUGAAGAUUCUUUGAAACACAAGGCUGUACAAACGCUGAAGCAGUACUCCAAAGACCUAAAUGUGGGGAACACCCAGUAUGAUCUUUCAGCUAGCAAUCAAGAAUUCACAAAUGUGGAGCUAAGUGACUCUCCCGCAAAUGCUCUUCCUGAAUAUAAAGCACUCUUCAAGGAAAUUUUUAGCUGUAUCAGAAAAACAAAAGAAGAAAUAGAUGAACACAGAGCUAAGUACAAGUCCCUCUCCUCUCAGCCAUAACAUUGGACGUGCUGAUGACCCAUUUUCUGUUGAUGACUAAUGUUAGUCAAGAAGGGGAAGAACUUUAUACAAGUGUCAGAAGACCCCUUAUACUGAUGUAUUUCUUGAGCACUCAAAAUGAAUGUUUUAAAUUAGCUUGUAGACCUGUAGUUAACAAGCUAGUUAGUUAACAGCUAGUCUCCCUGUAGCUAUGUAGCAAUAGAUUUAAUGUUGUUUAGCACUGUCACACAAACUAGUGGUUGUAAAGCAAACAAACAUCAUAGCUUAAUACUACACUACUACUUCAUCCUACACUUAAUCUCUGGCCAGAGCAGUAACUGACACUAUUUCCUUAGUCCACGUCAAAAAUAACAGAGCUAAGAAAGCUGUACUGUAUUUCUCACAAGGAACCAGACUAAAGCUUUCCUUUAGUUUGCAGCGAUGAUCUAGCCCUGUAACUACAUCUGUGUAGAAAAUGAACAAAAACAAAGCCCCUGACCAGUUCAUGGGCAGCCUCUCCUUGGUUCUCGAGAAUGAAGUUAGCAGUCUAGCUGAACUUGCUUUGGCAGGGAGGCAGAGAGCUGGCACAGCAGCCUGCACUGUGCUUGCUUGAAGCUAAUACCAUAUUUCCACAUGCACUAAGCUCUCCCACAGUUUGGUGUAAAUGUCUUCCUACUAAGACAGGAUUUGAUGUGAAGUUUGCGUGGCUUUUUAGGUAUGGUUUCUUAUGUAGGGCACUUUGUCUUAAGGCAAGAUACUGUGAAUUGAUUAUGUAUGUUAUUUGGGACCUACUGUUCUUUGGUGGAAUGUCUGCACAUCUUUAUGUGUAUUUGGUAAGAUAGAAAGUUGCAAUUUAGCUAUUUAACUUUAGUAGUAGCACUGACAUAGUGGAAUAGCUUUUCUUCUUACAUAUCACAAACUCCAAGUGCUUGAAGGAGAUGGGCCAGGUAAAACCUUCUCAUGCUGUUCUGUCUAUUGCUUCCAGCAUCAGCUUCUGUGGACCUAUUUAUUCCAUGCUGUCUCGGGGGUGGGAGGAUGGACACAACACUGCCAGAACACACCCUACUGAAAACAGGGGACCAUGCUCUUGUUCCUCCCCUUCUCCACUCCCUAAUAGUAAUUCAUACAUAUUCAAAUUCUGUGAAAAACAAAGAACAUGGAGAAGUACGUUCUUUAAAACUGCUUCAAAGUGUGAGGAAAAGAAAGGCUAAGAGAUUAAGGGGAGGAGGAAGGGCCCAAUGAAAAGUGACAUCCUUUUCCUUAUAAAGGGUCUCAUAGCAUAAUUUGGGCAGCUGUUCUUGGAAUCAACUUACUGCCUGAGUUGCUGCGAUAUACCAAACAGUUGACACAGAACGUUGACAGUUUCUCAGCUUUAGUUCAGCUGCUGCUGCUGCAGUUCUGUCUGCCUUAUGUUGUAUCCUGUUAUGCUUGUGUAUAGCUCUCCUUCAGUUGCAGUAUUAAGAUGUCAUAUUGUGGGAUUUUCCCCAAAACAUGUAUUGCAUUCUGAAAAUUAUUUAAAAAUAAGAAUCUGGCUCUUGUAUUUUUCUAAGCAAAUAAACAAUCCAGUCAAGCUACAUGUGUAACUAGUAACUAUGCCCAUCUGUGCCAAUCAGGGAACAGUAAACUAGGUGCAGAUGGCACCUGCAUUAUCUAGUCUUGCCCUCUUUCCUACAUCUACAUAGCUAGGAUGGAGUUCCCAUUAAGUUUGUAUUUUAAAAAGGUUAUGCUAUAUGGAAAAGGAUAGGCCUAUCUAGGAUAGAAAUCUAGAGGGAAGUAUGUAGUUUCUCCUCAUUGUGUUUGGCAGUGCUGUUCAAAAUGGGGGGGGAGGCAGAAAAGCUGCUGUUCUGCCAUCAGGUUAACUCUGUUGUCGCUGUUUCUCUAACACUUGGAUCCUUAUCACCUGGAGGUCUGCCCAAUUCAGAUACUGGAAAGCAGUAACCUUAAAUGAGAAAGGCAUGACACUGUUAGUCACCAGUGAUUUACUACUAAUAUUCCUCACCACUUUUGGAGAAGGGGGAUUCACACCUGCUGGACCAGAAGACAUGUAAAAGCAAUACAGAAUUUUUGGUUAAAUAGAUGAUCAGUGGUUUAUUACUGCUGGCUAAUUUAGAGCACUUUCAUACAUACAGUUUUUAUGCUUUAAAAAUGAUUUCCAUGGAACUACUUGAUUCUUCUGUAAUCUGACUUCCCCUUGGCUACCUGUGCCAUUGCUAAGCUCUGGCUGUACUGUACUUUAACACUUACCCGUGCAUAUUGUGCAAUAAAAAACUCCAAGGCUGGGUUCUUCUUUUGUAACUUCUCUCAGGCUCUAGCCUUCCCUGAGAGAAGCCGUACAGGUGCAGCCAUAGGUAAUGCUAUGGCAGCAGGGCUGCACUAGGGCAGCGCCAGCCAUGGGUGCGUGCAGCAGACCAAGACAAAGGCUGCAAAGGCUGCCUGAACUUAAACCACCUCCCAGUUAUAUUGAUGCAGUUAAUGAACCACACUAGUGUAUUAAUUAAGGUAGAGUUUUCGCAGUUUAACAGUAGGUAUUUUCCACAGAAAUGUGAAAAGCCAUAAGUGUGGUAACAAUAUUCUUAGCCAAUCUUAUCUGGAUUAACUACCUUAAUCUGCUUAUUUUAGUCAACAACUCAGCCUUUUCUGAGCAUAAGUAGAUGAAAUUAAUAGAAUCUCCUUGAGCUUCUCAUGUGAUGGAAAUUAUAGCAAAGAACAUGACCAGUAAAGUAACCAUGUUCUACAGUGCUUACAGCAUGAUAUUCCUUAUCUUACUGCAGUUAGGCUUCAAUGAUAAACCUGUAACAAAAAGAUUGGUUACUGCGCCUUGUGCAACAGGCCCUUUGCUUGGCAGCUACCCCCUGAAGAAUAUGAUGCAAGCAGAACGAUGUAAAGUGGUUUACUAUCUACCUCCAGCCUCUACUAAACAUUCCUGACCUUUCCUUCCUCCAUAAGCCUUCAGGCUAUAAAAGGAGUGGGUGCAGCUUCCCUUUCUUUGGACAAAUACAAGGCAGGGUAGAAUUGACCUUCAAGAUAAAAUUUUAUUAAAAAAAUUACACAAAAUAGAGGUUUUACAUUGUUGCUGUGUGAUAGCUACAGCUGGAUGCCUUCCAGAGGGUGCACUCACUUACUUACCUCACUGUAUUUGCAUACAGUAAUGACAAAAAAAUCCCUCAAACAAAACCCACACCAAUAAAAGAAAUCCAGUAGUAGUUCCACAUCUGUUUCAAAUCUAGGUACUUUCCCAAAUAACUCAUUUCACAGACAACAGGUGAGAACAAUUGCUAUGUUGUACAGAGUUCAAAGACAAUGAUUUUGUUCCCCCCUCCCAGGCCUGACGUUUCCAUGAACAUGACUAUCUUCUUUUUUAUAAAGAGGGCUGCAAGGGCUAUUACAACGCUCAGACUAAAGUAUGAGCAUCUAGGUAUUUAACAAAAACUGGGAUGUUUGUAAACAAAUUUAAUUUAUUGGCAUUACUUACAAAAUAAAGUAUUAGACUCUGAUUUUCCAUCA